CAAUAGUGCCAGUCGUUGUAUAAGGUGGGCCUGAGUUGACCUCCAGGAUAGCAAGUUCGAAGUUAUCUCUCUCACAUCCGACAAGUUUGGUAUAAGAUCAUGGCUGGUGAUCCCCACCUCUUGUCACAGGUUGAUGCAAAGACGGUUCAGCAGCUGCAAUCACGAGUGCCGAAGAUUUCCAAGCUCGACAGAGAGCAUAUUGAGAAGGGUUUCCACAACGGGUCAUUAUUCCCAUUGAUCAUAAAUGCUAACCAUCGAGAGGAGUUGCUGGAUCGACUGAAGAUGGUUAGUGUUCCAAUCCCAUCACUGAGGACGUUCUUCCAGGAUAUUUUAUAUCUGUGCAUUGCCAAGAACGUCAUGAAAACAUUAGAAAGGCUAGACUUGGCCCCGAGGCAAAAGCCGACAAUUGAUGAGGGGGUGAAAGGAGGAUACCGCUGGACUCAAGGAUUACAUGCACCCCAGCAACAUGAAGUUCAGUAUCACCUGCUAGAACUUUGGCGGUUCAGCUUUCAGUAUGGCUGUGAGAUGGUCGGCACCAAUCGGCUUGUUAGGAACACCAAGGGUCAAAGUGAUUCUGUGACGUGGGACUUGCAAUACGCAAGUCCCGAUCGAAAGUCGCUCUGGAAGCAUUUCUUUUGGCUCGCGAAUCACUAUGGGUUCACGGUACCGAAUGACAGCCCGGUGGAGCGUUUAGAGAUUGAAUGCACGCCUGGUGAUCAUCCUGAGGAACUUGGAAGCGAUGAGCCUCUGAGCCGGCGCUCUGGUAAGCCAUUUGCAGACUCCGUGGACGCUGAUCGCUUCGCGCUAUCCUCUUUGGGCCUACAGCGGCAAUGGAAGGAUGAUCAGGGAGUCACCUUAGGUCUUGUUCGGGGUUGGAUGUUCCGUGCCUUCUUCAGCCAUCUCAUCCCCGCAAAUGACAACCGCCCAAUUUUAGUGGGCAAACGUAGUUGAUUUGAUUGAGUGCCUAUCGGCUCAGGCUAGCUAUGUCUA